GCCCUUCAUAAAAUAUACUCCUACUAGUUUCAGUCUUCUUCUCUAAGGUAACAAUAGUAAACAAUGCAUUUAUGUACACAGCAUUCAAGAAACUUGUACACUUUUUCUUUCCUUGCACUAUUAAAUUUAUACCCACAUCACAGAAUGCAACUUCUAUUUACUUCUCUUUCUGCAAAGUGACAAAAGGUGUCUUCUUUUAUUCACUAAAGAAAACCCCAUAAUUUCACUUCUUUAUUUAAUGGCCUUUCUGCUGUUUUGUGUCUCACAAGAUUUGGGUAGGUUUCUUUGGCUUCUUCAGCUUCUGGGUACUUGUCAAACUACCUGAAAAAUAAGUAUAGAAGCACAUUGUAUUGUUUAUUUUUAGUUCUUGUGGCAUCUUUGUAUAUGGGUAAUUAGGUGGUUUUUUCUUGAGAAAAUAGUGAAUUAUUGACUUGGGUUUUUAGUAAUAUUUAUUGAAAUAUGGGGAGGAUUGAUGGAGUGCAUUUAGUAGUGGUGCUUUGUUUGGGGAUUUCAGUGGGAUGGGUUUGCUGUCAAGAUAAUGAUAAUGUUACUGCUGUGUAUAUUGUGACUCUGAAGGAAGCUCCUGGUGCUGUUUACAAUGCUGAGUUUGUUGUAAAGACUAAACCUUUAAAACAAGAUGGGAAAGUAAAUAGACUGGACAAGCCAUUGGCCAGCAAUAUCUCAAGAAGGGGCUGGUAUAAUGGUCAUAACAUUUCCCGCUACCACGAUUCUAUAUUACGAGAGGUUUUGAAAGGGGAAAAUUACCUAAAAUUGUAUAGCUACCACUACUUGAUCAAUGGAUUUGCAGUCCUGGUUACACCUCCACAGGCAGUGAAACUUUCACAAAGGAGAGAAAUUGCAAAUGUGGUAUUGGAUUUCUCAGUCAGAACUGCAACCACUUAUACUCCACAAUUUUUGGGCCUACCACAAGGGGCGUGGCCUAAAAAUGGUGGAUUUGAGACUGCUGGAGAAGGAGUUGUGAUUGGGUUUGUUGACACCGGAAUUGAUCCAAAACACCCUAGCUUCUCUGAUGAUAGUUCCGGAAAUCCAUACCCGAUUCCAAAGCACUUCUCAGGGAUCUGUGAAAUUACUCGAGAUUUCCCGUCUGGUUCAUGCAACAGAAAGCUUGUUGGUGCUCGUCAUUUUGCUGCAUCUGCUAUAACACGUGGAAUAUUUAAUGCAUCUAAGGACUAUGCAUCACCUUCUGAUGGUGAUGGCCAUGGCACGCACACUGCUGCAACUGCAGCAGGGAACCACGGUAUACCAGUUAUAGUUGCUGGGCAUCACUAUGGAGAUGCCAGUGGGAUGGCUCCCCGUUCACACAUUGCUGUUUAUAAAGCACUGUAUAAGAGCUUUGGAGGGUUUGCUGCAGAUGUGGUUGCUGCCAUAGACCAGGCAGCACAGGACGGAGUAGACAUUAUAAGCUUGUCAAUCACCCCCAACAGGCGCCCUCCAGGCAUUGCAACUUACUUUAACCCAAUAGACAUGGCUUUGCUGGCAGCUGUAAAAGUAGGUAUAUUUGUUGUACAAGCAGCUGGAAAUACCGGACCAUCAGCUAAGAGCAUUUCUUCUUUCAGUCCAUGGAUCUUUACUGUUGGUGCUGCAGCCCAUGGUAGGGUCUAUAGUAACUCUAUUCUUCUUGGAAAUAACAUCUCCAUUCCUGGAGUUGGGCUUGCACCGGGAACGAAAAAUGCUUCAAUGUACACAAUGGUUUCUGCAGUUCAUGCUUUGAAUGAUACAGCAGCUGUUGAUAACAUGUAUGUGGGGGAAUGCCAGGACCCCAAUAGCCUGAACCGGGAUAUUAUUCAAGGGAAUCUCUUAAUUUGUAGCUACUCAAUAAGGUUUGUUCUAGGAAUGUCCAGCAUCAAACAGGCCUUAACUACAGCUAAAAAUCUCUCUGCUGUUGGUGUUGUAUUCUACCUGGAUCCUUUCGUCAUAGGUUAUCAGCUUAAUCCAGUUCCAAUGGCGAUUCCUGGGAUAAUACUUUCAUCUCCUGAUGAUUCUAAGAUCUUACUGCAAUACUACAAUUCUUCCUUGAGCAGAGAUGUCAUCACACAGAAGAUUACCAAAUUUGGGGCUGCUGCAUCCAUUUCAGGCGGAGUGAAGGCAACUUUUAGCAAUUCUGUUCCAAAGGUUAUGUAUUAUUCUGCUAGAGGACCAGAUCCUGAAGACAAAUUUCUUGAUAAUGCUGACAUACUAAAACCUAACCUGGUUGCACCCGGGAACUUGAUUUGGUCUGCUUGGAGUUCUCAUGGAACUGACUCUUCUGAAUUCCUGGGAGAAAAUUUUGCAAUGAUGUCUGGGACAAGUAUGGCGGCUCCUCAUGUUGCAGGGCUUGCAGCUUUGAUUAAAAAGAAAUUUCCUAGUUUUAGUCCUUCAGCUAUUGGAUCUGCAUUGUCAACAACAGCUUCUCUGAAUGACAAAAAUGGUCAGCUCAUGAUGGCCCAACGCGCUUAUUCUAACCCAGAUUUGAAUCAGUCUCCUGCAACACCCUUUGACAUGGGGAGCGGUUUCGUUAAUGCAACUGCAGCAUUAGAUCCAGGACUAAUUUUUGAUGUGGCUUAUGAUGACUACAUGUCAUUCCUCUGCAGCAUAAACGGGUCAUCACCAGUAGUCCUAAAUUUCACUGGUAUGAGCUGCAAAACAUCUACCAUUAAUGGCGCAGACCUAAACUUGCCUUCUAUCACAAUUGCAAAACUUAAUCAGUCAAGAACAGUCCAAAGAACGGUAAUGAACAUCGCCAGGAAUGAGACGUACAGAGUGGGAUGGACUGCUCCCUUGGGAGCUUCUUUGAAGGCAGAACCAAUGCAGUUUUUCAUUGCUAGCGGAGAGAGACAAGUCUUGACCAUUUCUAUUAAUGCCACAGCUAACAGCCCUGUUGUAACCUUUGGAAAAAUUGGACUCUUCGGGGAUAAAGGUCACACUAUUCACAUACCUCUAUCAAUCAUUUCGAAAAAUUGUUAUAACACUACUAACACCUGAUAAAUUUGUAGCUCUAGUUCUUUAGUUUCCUCACUUGUGUUGUGUAAUUAUUCAAUCUUGUAUUUAUGCUACUGGGAAAAGCUUCAAAAUUUUUUGAUUUACAAUUGUGUAAGUUUUGAUCAGACUUUUAUGCAGAGAUAGUGGGUGUUUGGCCAA